CCACAUUUCUCUUCCCCACCAUAGCCAUGUCCGCCGCCAUACCCCAGCCAGCAGCCGCCGCCAACACAAACACCCUCAACAGCGCCCUCCAGGCGGAAAACAUCCACAACCCCAGCUCACCGCGCGCCACCGAGAAGCCCCUCGAAGAAGGGGAGAUCGAAGAGAACGCCGCCACAGAUGAUGGAAAGGUCAAGACUGUCUUUGACGACGCUAGCAAGUUCAACGUAAAGCAUCCAUUGUUCUCCAACUGGACACUCUACUUUGACUCUCCCCAAUCCAAGAACCUUCCGAAAACUCCGGGAACCACCCCCACUCUGCCUCAAGGAGUAGGCAGCUGGAUGGACGACAUCCGAAAGGUCGUUUCGUUUGACAGUGUUGAGGAAUUCUGGGGGCUGUACAACAACAUUGUCCCUCCCUCUCAGCUUCCCGGAAAGGCCAACUAUUACCUCUUCAAGGUGAUCUACAUCUACCUUAUCCUAGCUCUGCUGAUCAGCUCUCAGAACGGUAUCGUCCCUGCAUGGGAAGACCCCCAAAACAAGAACGGCGGCAAGUGGGCUAUUCAAAUCCCCAAGAACCCGGAAAGUAAAAGCACAAUUGACAAGAUCUGGCUCUAUACUAUGCUCGCGGCCAUUGGUGAGACAUUCGAGACCCCCUCUGGCAAGGCGGAAGUUGCUCCCUCUCCUACCCAAUCCGAUCUUGUGACUGGUGUCAUCGUCUCCCCCCGACCCGCGUUCUUCCGUAUCUCUAUCUGGACACGGGAAGCCGCCGACGCAUCCUCUCCCGACACCGAAACCAUCAAAGCCCGUCUCCUCAGCAUUGGGCAACACUUCAAGUCAAGUGUGCUUGGCCAUGAUCUCGAUUCAACACUUGUUGGGGCAGGCUACCAGACAGAGGUCACAUUUGAUGCGCACAGAGAUUCAGACAAGAAGCAGAACAAGAACAAGUUUUCGGUCUGAGUGGGGACAUCUCGAGGGAGUGUGAACAUGGAUGAGGGGCCAUAUAGAAAAGCGAGGGAAGAUGCUUGAUACUUAUCUCGCAGAGCGCGUAGAGUCGGAGUGAAGGAUGUGGCCGGAAGAAGGUAGUUGGGGUGUGUUGGCUAAGAGCGUUCUUGCAAAUAUCUUGCUCUUAUCAAACAAUCAUCCAUAUGCAUGUGUACAUGUAUCUUUAUGCCUAUUCUCUGCCGA